CCUGCCCUAGCCGUCUCUCUCUCCUCCGGCCACCGCCGACACUGACGACGACGGCGAGACUCACCCCCAUCGAUCCCCGACGAUCACAGCUCGUUUCCCCCCUAAUUUGGUGUCCCCGUAACACCUCCAUCUUCUACCGAGAGGCGCGGCUUCGGGCUCCCCAGGAUGUCGUUCCGAGGCCGCGGAGGGAGAGGAGGAGGCAGAGGCGGGAGAGGCGGCCGCGGAGGCUACGGGUCCUCCAAUUUUAACUUCAAUGGGAAGCACGAGCCCCACGAGAACUUCCCGGAGAUCCCUCUGCCCGAGACGAAGUUCGCGGCCACAGCCGAGGAGAAGGCUCUGAUACUGUCCACCCUGAAGCUCGAGGAGUUCAUCAGGAAUUCUUGCUACCAUCUAGAGCCGGAUGUCCCCAAGAAAAAAAAUGACGACAAAGAGAUUGAGAGAUUUUCUGAUAGGAAGCGCAAAACAAGAAACAAACGUGAAUCUCUUAAAUCAUACCUCAAACUAACUCCUGGAAAUUUCCCUGAGGAACUGUGGAAAGAUUCUACACGAGCGCAACCAGUCAGUAAAAAGCUUCGGUGGGAUAAAGACGCAGAUGACAAGACAUUUGAAGUAUUUGAGAAGCUUGAAGCACAGCACAAGGCUGGAGAGAACAAGCCCGAAAAGGAUGGUGAAGACGAGGAUGACGAGGAGGAGGAGGAGGAAGUAGAAGAGGAAGAAAGUUCAGAUGACGAUUAUAAUCAGAAUAUUGAGUUUGAUGAUGAUGACGAUGACUGGAACCAGGAAGAGGAAGCACAAGAAGACUACUAUGAAUAAUGACUGCUGGACUCUGAAAAGGUUUAGUUUUGUUGGUAUUCUUCUUCGUCUGCAACUCAUUGAGCAAUUUCGAUGGGAGUAGUAUCUAGUCAGGUGGUUACGGAUAAAUCUUCUUCCUGACUUCUUUUUGUCAAGGCGUACCAGAAACUAAUGACUCUGAAUUCUGAAUUCUGAAUUAUGCUGUUGCAAAUGUUUCUAUUGUGGCUGUACAAGCAGUGAUGAAUAUGCAAUCAAAUGUAAUUCAUCUGCCUGGUUUCGUUAA